CUUAAAAUUCAACUUCAACGCCAUUUUUCUGAAUUUUGCUCUCUCUCUAUCUAUCUCAAUCCAAGUAGCAGCCAUUAAAGAGAGAGAGAGGGAGAGAAGAGUUGAUCUGCACCGCCGUAAGUCUCUCAGCAGAUCCGUCUCUGUUAUUAUCUCUCUCUAACACUGAAUUCAACUCAACCUUCACUUCUUCUUCUUAUCUGACCUAAAUUGUCCAGCAAUAAAGAACUUACUCAAGUUCAGGGUUUUUGAAGAUAGGGGAUUUUCGAGUCUUCAUAUACUCAAUAAUCUCUGCAUAUGGGAAGGUAAUUUCAGAGAUUUUUGUCUUCAAUUGUAUAAUUGAGAGGUUUCUUAAAUAUCUGGAAAUUCGAAAAGGCUGGCGUUUUCACAAUUAGACCAGAAAUCACUUUUUAUUAGGCUGGUUUAGGAAAGUAGCUCCUUAAAGAUGGGAUGAAGAAUGUGAAGAAAGAAGGGUUUUGUUGAAGCUAUUUGUGACAUUUACUAGUACUAGAAAAUGAAGAAGAGAACAAGUUUUCCAACGCGGUAUCUGAUUGUCCUUUUAACAUUCUUUUGUACGUGUGUUUGCUAUAUAGAACGCGUGGGAUUCUCAAUUGCUUACACUGUAGCUGCUGAUGCUGCUGGGGUGGAUCAAUCAACUAAGGGUAUCAUUCUCUCUACCUUUUAUUAUGGAUACGCCUGUUCACAGGUGCCUGGAGGAUGGGCAGCCCAAAGGAUAGGAGGCAGGCGUGUUCUCCUCUUUUCAUUCAUAUUAUGGUCUUUAACUUGCGCUUUAGUUUCACUGGAUCCAAACCGGGUUACCAUUUUAGUGUUAGCCCGCUUGCUUGUUGGGGUUGCACAAGGUUUCAUCUUUCCCUCCAUUCACACCGUGCUAGCUCAGUGGGUUCCACCUCAUGAAAGAUCUCGAUCUGUUUCUCUCACUACUUCUGGUAUGUAUCUAGGCGCAGCAGCUGGCAUGCUUGUACUUCCUAGCUUGGUAAAGUUUCAGGGACCACAGGCUGUGUUUUUUGCUGAGGCUGCGUUGGGAGGUUUCUGGUCAAUCCUCUGGCUUAAGUAUUCUAGUGAUCCACCUCGAUCGGAACAUCCAAAGGCCACAGCUUCUGGUUUUGGAGAAACACUGUUGCCUCUUAGGUCAGCCCAGAAGAUGAAAGUGGAGAAUGGAGGAAGUUCAACUCAUGUUACCAAAAUCCCAUGGAAGAAAAUUAUGUUGUCUCUGCCAGUUUGGGCGAUAGUGGUAAACAACUUCACUUUCCACUACGCCUUGUACGUUUUAAUGAACUGGCUGCCGACAUAUUUUGAACUUGGCCUCAAGCUUAGCCUACAGGACAUGGGCUCUUCUAAGAUGUUGCCGUACCUCAACAUGUUCAUAUUUUCAAAUAUAGGUGGGGUUGUUGCAGACCACCUAAUCACGUCAAAGAUCAUGUCAGUGACUAAGACCCGGAAAUUCUUGAAUACUGUAGGGUUUGUAGUUGCCUCCCUUGCAUUAAUGGCUCUCCCUAGGUUUAGAACAUCUGAUGGAGCAGUAUUUUGUUCUUCGGUAGCACUUGGUUUCUUGGCUCUAGGCAGAGCGGGCUUUGCAGUGAACCACAUGGAUGUGGCACCCCGAUAUGCAGGAAUCGUGAUGGGAAUUUCUAAUACUGCUGGUACUUUGGCGGGCGUUGUCGGAGUUGGUCUGACAGGGAAACUUUUAGAAGCUGCUAAGUCUACUAAUUCAGAUCUUUCAAGUCCUGAAAGCUGGAUAUCGGUAUUUUUCAUUCCUGGAUACCUUUGCAUAUUCAGUUCAGUUGUGUUUCUAAUUUUCUCAACUGGGGAAAGGAUAUUCGACUAAAGAAUCAGCCUUAAUGGACUCCUUCAGCCUGUAUUCUGCCUGAUGAUUGAUUGUAUCCACAAAGAGAGAAGGUAAACUGUUCUUGGUUCUGUAACCUAGUAGGUAGAGCAUUAUUAAUAUUAUUAAACUGGGGAAUAUAUUUGAACCCUUGAGGUACACAUUUUAUCCUUGAAUAUAUAAAAAAAAUUCCAUGGCCUACAAAAG